AUGCUGUCUUUACAGGCUGGUUAUGUUGGUGACGAUGUUGAAUCAAUCCUUCAUAAGCUACUAACGGUUGCUCAGUUCAACGUGCAAGCAGCACAGCAGGGAAUAGUCUACAUCGAUGAAGUUGAUAAGAUAACAAAGAAGGCUGAGAGUUUAAACACUAGCCGAGAUGUUUCAGGGGAAGGUGUCCAACAAGCACUUUUGAAGUUACUGGAAGGCAGUAUUGUAAAUGUUCCAGGGAAGGGAGCAAGGAAACAUCCACGGGGUGACCAUGUACAGAUAGACACAAAAGAUAUCCUCUUUAUCUGUGGAGGAGCAUUUAUUGACCUUGAGAAGACCAUUGUGGAUAGACGACAAGAUUCAUCGAUUGGCUUUGGAGCUCCUGUCCGUGCCAACAUGGCUACCGGUGGAGUGACCAGUGGUGCAAUAACUUCAUCUUUGCUAGAAUCGGUCGAGAGCUCCGAUCUUACAGCGUAUGGCCUUAUACCUGAGUUUGUAGGACGCUUUCCCAUAUUAGUUAGUUUGUCAGCUCUAACAGAGGACCAGCUCAUUCGGGUGCUUGUAGAACCCAAGAAUGCUCUUGGGAAACAGUACAAGAAACUAUUUAGUAUGAACAAUGUAAAGUUGCAUUUUACUGAGAAAGCUCUCGGGGUGAUUUCGAAGCUAGCGAUGGUGAAGAAUACAGGUGCGAGGGGACUAAGAGCCUUGCUUGAAAGCAUUCUUACAGAAGCCAUGUUUGAGAUUCCAGAUGCUAAGAAGGGAGACGAAAGAAUCGACGCUGUUAUUGUAGAUGAGGAAUCAACAGGCCCUGAAGCUUCCCGUGGUUGCACAGCGAUAAUACUUAGAGGAGAUGGAGCUUUUGAGCGUUACCUCAGCGAGAACAAGUCGAAAGAUGCUUCAGAAACAAUGGUUGAGGAAAGAGUAGACUCAGCGAGAGCAAUGAGCUUGUAA